AUGAAAACAAGCAACAUGUCUGGUUAUGAGGGUAUUCUUGUAUCUGAUCCAUGGCUUCAAAGCCAAUUCACUCAAGUGGAGCUUCGCGGCCUCAAAUCUAAAUUUGCUUCAGCAAUAAAACAAUCUGGCAAAGUUACCUUGGGAGAUUUGCCGCCAGUUAUGGUGAAUUUAAAGGGUUUGAGUGAAGUGUUUGACGAGACACAGAUACAGACUAUCUUGGGGGAGUCAUCUUCUGAUAUGAGUGUAGAAAUAGAUUUUGAAUCCUUCCUUCGGGCAUACCUGAAUUUAUUGGCAAGAGCAACAGCAAAAUCGGAUGGGCCAAAAUCCAAAAACCUUUCUUCAUUUCUUAAGGCUACCACAACCACCCUACGCCAUUCCAUUAGUCAAUCUGAGAAGGCUUCUUAUGUUUCCCAUAUCAACAGCUUCCUUAGAGACGAUAAAUUCUUGAAGAAAUAUCUUCCCAUAGAUCCAUCUGGCAAUGACCUAUUUGAUCUUUGCAAGGAUGGGCUCAUAAAUGUUGCUGUCCCUGGUACAAUAGACGAGCGAGCUAUUAACACCAAGUCCACCUUAAAUUUAUGGGAGAGGAAUGAGAAUCACACACUUUGUCUCAAUUCUGCAAAGGCUAUAGGCUGCACUGUGGUGAAUAUUGGCACACAGGACUUCAUUGAAGGACGACCACAUCUUAUAAUGGGAUUGACUUCUCAAAUAAUCAAGAUUCAACUGUUAGCUGAUCUCAAUUUGAGGAAAACUCCCCAACUCGUGGAAUUGGUGGAAGACAGCAAGGAUGUUGAGGAACUCUUUGGUUUACCACCGGAAAAGCUUUUACUCAAAUGGAUGAAUUUUCAUCUGAAGAAAGCAGGCUACAAGAAACAGGUCACAAAUUUUUCAUCUGAUGUGAAGGAUGCUGAAGCUUAUGCACACUUGCUCAAUGUUCUUGCUCCGGAGUAUGGAAAUGCAAACACAUUGGAUACAAAGGAUCCUACCAAAAGAGCAAAGUUGGUUAUUGAGCAUUCAGAGAAAAUGGGUUGCAAACAAUAUAUUACUGCAAAGGAUAUUGUGGAAGGGACGUCGAACCUCAAUCUUGCAUUUGUUGCUCAAAUAUUCCAGCACAGGAAUGGCUUAUCUGUUGACAGCAAGAAGAUUUCUUUUGCUGAGAGGAUGGCAGAUGAUUCUCAAACUUGUAGGGAGGAGAGAUGCUUUCGACUGUGGAUUAACAGUCUUGGAAUUGAUUCAUAUGUAAAUAAUGUGUUUGAGGAUAUCAGGACGGGAUGGGUUUUAUUGGAAGUUCUUGACAAAGUUUGCCCUGGAUCAGUGAACUGGAAGCUAGCAUCAAAACCUCCUAUCAAGAUGCCUUUUAGAAAGGUUGAGAAUUGCAACCAAGUAAUAAGCAUUGGAAGGGAUUUAAAUUUCUCUCUUGUUAAUGUAGCAGGGAAUGAUAUUGUACAAGGAAACAAGAAGCUUAUUCUAGCGUUUUUAUGGCAAUUGAUGAGGUUUACUAUGUUCCAACUUCUGAGAAACUUGAAGUCUCGCACCUGUGGAAAGGAGAUAACAGAUAGUGACAUUCUAAAUUGGGCAAACUGGAAGGUGAAAAGUUCAGGAAGAACAUCUCGAAUGGAGAGUUUUAAGGACAAAAACCUUUCAAAUGGAAUCUUCUUCCUAGAGCUUCUUAGUUCUGUGGAGCCAAGGGUUGUCAACUGGAGUGUUGUUACUAAGAAAGAAACAGAAGAGGAUAAGAGACUUAAUGCUACAUAUAUUAUCAGUGUUGCUCGAAAGCUAGGCUGUUCAAUUUUCUUGUUGCCUGAUGACAUAAUGGAGGUGAACCAGAAGAUGAUCCUCAUCCUAACGGCAAGCAUCAUGUACUGGAGCCUAUUGCAGAAGGAUGAGAAGCACGAUCUAACAACCAUAGAAGCAACUAUAGAAGAGAAUAAAGAAGAAGAUGAAAACCUAGAGGCUUCCUCUGAGGCCAGCAAGGAGACUGCCCCAGAAGGGGACAUUUCCAAUAUGUGCACUGAAGAAAAAGAUGAAGAAAAUGAAGAACCCUCUCCAUCUGUCGAAGAUAAGGAACCUUCAAAGGAGGUAGAAAAGGACAACCCAGCCAAUAAAGGAGACCGAGAAUAG